AUGGAUAUAGGGGGUUUGGAGAAUGUGGUAGCCAACUCUGCUUACAUCUGUGCCAGAGGCAGCUUCGACAACAGUUCCAGUACCACACCCACCUGGGACAAGAAGUAUCAUGCCAAGCUCAAGCUGCCCCACAUCACCCAGUCUGAAGGUAUGAGGGACACGAUUGACCUGGGAUUCGACAGCAUCUGCACCAAACAGCCCAUCGGGAAGCAACUCUUCCAUCAGUACCUGGAGACGGUGCCAGAAUACAAACCAGCGUCCAAGAUCUGGAAGGACAUUGAGGAAUAUGACAAAGCAGAGGACAAAGACCGGGUGCAGAAGGCCUCCAAGAUCAUAUCAAAGUACAUGCAGCCGGGGGCCAGGAACUUCUUCUCCCAACUAGAUGAGAAGAUUGUUUCCCAGGUGAAAGAGGCACACCAGACCGCUAAGGAUGACCUGUUCAUGGAGACUCUGGAGAGCACCCUGGCUUUCCUGAAGGAUGUCCCCUUCACCAGCUUCAAGGAGACAAUGUACUUCAAUAGGUUCCUCCAGUGGAAAUGGCUAGAGGCACAGCCCAUUGGGGAAGACUGGUUUCUGGACUUCAGAGUCCUGGGCAAAGGUGGCUUUGGGGAAGUUUCCGCCACACAAAUGAAGGGCACGGGGAAACUUUAUGCCAACAAGAAACUCAACAAGAAAAGGCUUAAGAAGAGGAAAGGCUUUGAGGGUGCGAUGGUCGAGAAAAAAAUCCUUUCCAGGGUCCAUAGCCGUUUCAUUGUCUCCUUGGCGUAUGCAUUUCAAACCAAAACUGACCUUUGCCUGGUGAUGACGAUAAUGAAUGGUGGAGACCUGAGGUACCACAUCUAUAAUGUUGAUGAGAAUAACCCAGGCUUUGAAGAGCCCAGAGCCUGCUUCUACACAGCACAGAUCAUUUGUGGGAUGGAGCAUCUUCACCAAAACAGAAUAAUUUACAGAGACCUCAAGCCAGAGAAUGUACUCCUGGACAAUGAUGGAAACGUGCGCAUUUCAGACCUUGGUCUUGCAGUUGAGCUGAAGGACGGUGAAAUAAAAACAAAAGGUUAUGCAGGAACCCCAGGUUUCAUGGCUCCUGAGCUCCUGAGAAGCGAGGAGUAUGACUUCUCAGUAGACUACUUCACCCUGGGAGUGACACUGUAUGAAAUGAUUGCAGCCAAGGGCCCCUUCAGAUCCAGAGGAGAAAAGGUUGAAAACAAGGAAAUUAAAAAGCGGAUUCUCAAUGAUCCAGUGAACUACACAGAGAAGUUCAGUGAAGAGGCCAAAUCUUUUUGUGAAGGGCUGCUGGAAAAGGACGUGACUAAGCGACUUGGGUUCAAGGAUAACAGCUGUGAUGAGCUCCGGGUUCACCCAUUCUUCAGCAGCAUUAACUGGAGAAAGCUGGACGCAGGUAUACUCCCGCCUCCAUUUGUUCCAGACUCUAAAACCGUCUAUGCAAAAGACAUCCAGAAUGUUGGUGCCUUUUCCACUGUAAAAGGUGUUAACCUUGAUGAUGCUGAUAAAGAAUUCUUUGACGAGUUUGCGACUGGCAACAUCGCGAUACCCUGGCAGGAGGAAAUGAUAGAGACUGGUGUUUUUGGAGAACUCAACGUGUGGGGCACUGACGGAAAAUUACCAAAUGAUCUCAGGAGGGAAUCCAUUAAAGAACUGCCAGCAAAUAAAUCUGGGGUGUGCUCUGUUUCUUAGGAAGGCUGCGUCCUUUUCAAGAAGAAUCCGUAUGAUAUCUGGAUGAAUGAAGAAACUGAAGCGCUAUGGUUAUAGGGUGCAGGAUCCUGUUUUUCAUCUGUUUUGGUGCAAGAUGUCUUCCCAUUGAGCGCUGUCAGGGAGGCUAGGGUUUCCACAUCAAAGGUACAAACUGCUGUUGGUGCUUGUGCAGUCCCAUGCCACGAUGCAGAAGACUAAGAAACACAGAGUAGUUUUGUGUCCAUGGGAAAGAUACUGAAAUCCCAGACACUGUCCACAAAACCACAAAGAUAAAUGGAAUGAUCCUAAGCGAAAGUUCACAACACACGAAGAAAGAGUUUCUGGUCUUUUUGAACAAACCUGUAUGCAGCUCUGUUUCAUUUUGAUGUAUCCUGCAAUAUAUCUGGCUACAGGAUAAUGAUGGCACAAGUACCUUCAGUUCUGUGCCAAGUUUAUGUUCAAAGCCAGUGGAAUGACAUCCUGCCCCCAAGCCAGCUGGAAACAGAAUACUGAACACUGUACUCUUUUUAGAGUAAGCCAGUAAGUAGAAGCCCUGCUGUGUAGUGUGCAGAAAAUACAAUCAGAUUCAAGAUAUAGCCACGUUUUAGUUAAUAUGAAUACAAACUAAAUUGUAUGAAACAAAAUAGAAAAUCCAAUAUAUUAUAAAUAUGGAACAUAUUUAGUUAUGUUGGAGGAAUUUUAGCGUUUGAGUUAAACAUGUUGAUGCUAUGAACUGGGUACCCAGGAUCAUAAUUUACUUGGUAAAAACACAAGCUGAUUGACUAACAUUGUCAUUCUCUAUAGACUGCAUGACAAAUUUGAGUUUCCAUUCCAGUAACUAGGUUUUCAGUACUGUACUCGCUGUUACAAAUGCAAUUUGACUGCAGUGUUCUAUUGCAUGUGUAACAAAUACUGUGCAAUUCAUUCAUUAUUGUAUAGACUGUGAACAGUAGGGCAGAUCAGGCACAUAUUUACAUACCUGCAUACUGUACAUUACAGCUCCAAUGUACAUGGAUUCAAAUCUACGCUUUGACUUACAAAGCAGGUUCACAUUUCCUCAUGAAGACAUUGUGGGCUCCCGUGAAGCAAGUGCAAAUACAAUGGCAACAUUUCUCAAGAGAAGAACACUACAAAUUUAAAACAGAAAAAAAAAAAAAAAAAACUUUGUACUGGUUUUAUAGUCAUUUUAUUUACUCCUCUAUGAAAAUUUGCCUUUGCACUUGCUUCAAAUCAGGGCUUGGCAUGCUGUCUGAACCAUAAGGGUGAGAUCACUAGCCUAAGUAAUAACGUUUUAUUUUUUCCAAUGUGUGUGAAAACUAGUUUGUUUGUGGGUUUGUGGGUCUAGUUCUUGUUUUGCUUAAUGAACAAAAGCUUUGAAUCUUCACAGCUAAAUAAUGCGCUUGAAAAUAAAAGCAUACAUUUAUAACUCUGAUCAAGCUUGCAUUGUUUUUGCUUACUCCCACAACUGAAUCUAAUAAAUUAGAUUAGUGAAGUCUGUGUUUCAAACAGUCCCUUUCAGGGUUGUUGAGACGUGCAUGUCAAUAAAGUAUCGAGCGAAUACAGUCCUGUACUGGCAGAGAAAUCAUUAACUAGGAUACUAAUUGGAAUCGAUGUCUUGUACUAACGGCAGGGCCUUUGGAUAACCCUGUAUAAAACAAUUACUUUCAAUGUGUACACGAUUCUUAAAUCCCUUUUAA